AUGCCCCGCCCCCCCUGUUUCUCUUCCUUACUUCCCCGGUUGACUCAAUGCUGCAAUGCUCGUCUCGCACGGAACCUCACCGUUCUCUCUCGCGAGCGGCUAAGCGACGUACCAGACAUUUCCCUCCGUCGCUCUUUUUCCCCAAGACACCCCUUUUGGGGGCAAGGGAUGAGCAUCGGUACUAUCGGCGCCUAUGUGUACCUUCGGGAACGCUGGAAAGACACUCGCUUGGCUGAGCAGCGGCUAGUCUUUGACGAACCUUUCUAUAGCCGGAUGCCAACGUCGACUGCCUCACCCUGCUGUGUAGCCCCCUUGGUCUGUUUGCCCGUCGUGGCUCUUCUAUGUCGCCUGUGGCCCGAGUACGUCCAUACAUCAAUGUUAAUAAUACAUGUUGCAUUUGCCUAUUACACUACCAUCCUUGCGGCGGCAGCAGCCGCGGUCCGGGGCAGGAGGAGUUGUGCACUACGUGGCGCGUACUGGGCGUCCUCGACCGACCUUCGCGGAUGGUUGGAUGUCCAGGACGAAACUCGAUUCAGACUAUUCUGGGUCAACUGGAUUGUGAAAAUUUUUUGCUCUAUCACUCUCUUCGGAGAGUUUUAUUGCGAUUCUUUUUUUUCAAAGUCCGGGGCCGUCGCUGUUUCCUUCUGUCCAUCAUCCGCCUUUCUCGUCUCUCUUUCGUUCACCUCUGUCUUCAUACAGAGCGCCAGUUCAAGAUCUACUAUCGUCUCGCUCGUUUUCUCCGUCCUUUGCAAGGCACAUUUACUCGAAUCUCUAUUUGUCCGGCAUUCAGUUGUUCUACAGAUUGGUCCUUACCAAUACCUGUGCUACCUGGCAGAGAUUUCAGAUCUUCGUCAUCCAUAUAACAUCCCAAUGUCCCGAAAUCGCUCGUCAAUUUACAGGGCAGCAGUAUCGCGCCGUCGCCAUCGCCAUCUGCCGAACAUGUUCGAACAGGAACUCGAGACUACUAUCGAGGGAGAACUUUCGCCCAUCAGACGCCUUCCGACAGAAAUCUCCAUUGAGAUUUUUCGUCACGGCGUCAUUGUUGACGCGCUUAACAGCUUCAAGGUUCCCUGGAUCUUGGCGCAGGUAUGCAGCACUUGGAGGGAAAUCAUGAUCGCGCAUUGCCCAGAACUAUGGUCCGCUAUCAUCAUCGAUGUUUGUACUUAUCGUCACCAGGACCCUGUUUCACUUCUGAAGACGGUGCUCGACCGGUCGGGGCAGAGUGAACUGCACAUUCAUUUCUGGGAGACUAGCAUCGAGGAACGCUUAGCUAAACAAAUGCUCAGUCUAUUGUUUGAAGUCUCGAAUCACUGGAGCAACAUCACUUUCGAUCUAACGCCCACGUUUACCCUCAAAUAUCACGGCUACGGUCACCCCCCUUCCCGCAUCGAUGCCUUUGAAAUUACCCCGCUCUUGAACGACAUCAAUAUCUCUGCGGGCGGAGAUGACGAUGUGGUCACCAUUGCCCCUGCGGAUCCGAAAGCCUCAAAUACUAUACUCUCGUCCCCGAAUCUCGACACGAUCUGGGCAUACUAUCGUAAUCACACUAUAACUGCUCCUACACCGCUUUCUACACGUAUCAGCGGCAGGUCUCUCCGGUUCCUUCAAGCAUCUGAGAGUGCUUUUCUCGACAGCCUUUCUCUCCCAGCACUAGAGACUGUAUGGCUUGGACCCGAUAAAUAUCGCCAAUCACUUUGCCCCAAAGACACACUGCCGUCGUUGCUACGCCUCAUAACCGCCUCUCAGUGUUCUCUUACUCGUUUGAUACCAGCAGAGAUCGACACCAACCAUGGAAUCAUCCUCGUCUUCCAACGCUUGACUCCUUGGAAAUGUACUUUGCCUGGUGGCGCAGAUCUUUGGAUGACACCAUGCAGCUUCUUCAAUUGUUACCGCGACGAUGAAGUCGAAUGCUUCCCCCGCUGCCAGUCCUUUUCGACCAGCUAUCCUACUCAGUCUGACUCGUUUCAAGAUCUAAAUAUGGGAUCUUUCAAGAUUUGGAGAGGUGUCAUUUAUGAACGGCAUGUUUCGUUCGAGCACUGUCGACACGAAAGACGAUGAGUGCUGAGAGGGAUGACAAACUACUUGAAGCUGUAUCGGUCUCCCUCUUCAAAAGUCCGUUGCUUCGGACGGUGUCGUCUGGCGAUUUUCAGACUUUACGAGAUAUGGGGAUGAAAGCUGAAGUGGUAGUAUCGGAUGGCAUGGUCUCUAUUCCGUACUAGUAUCUAUCUAUCCAAACAUGCAAGUAUUACUUCCUGUCAAUGUACUUGCGU